AUGCAGUCAUCGAUUAUAUUAGAAUCAUUUCCCAAUGAAUUAUUACUCGAAGUCUUUGCAUAUUUACCAUCGACCGAUCUUCUUCGAGGAUUCCAUUGCAUGAAUUUUCGUUUCCAUCAUUUGAUUAUCCAUCAUCUGCAAUCGUAUAAUGUUAAUUUUUCGUCUGCAUCUUUGUCUGACUUGAAAUUUAUUGGUCACAAAUCACUUCCAAUCCUGGCCAAGUAUGUGAAAUCAUUAACUCUUUCGAAUGGUGAUAAUACACCUCACCAAGUCUAUACUUUAUUUCAUGAAAACGCACUGACACUUCGUCAGUUUCAUCAAUUGCAACGACUUUCACUAUGUGACGUCUGUUCAAAUGAUACUAUGGAAGAAAUGAUGGUAGAAUGGAGUUAUCUUCCCAAUUUAACUCAUUUGACUCUUGCUGGUUGUUAUCUGAAAUUUGAUAGGAUGACGGGUCAACGUUUGAUAGACACAAUUUGGAGUUUACCAAAACUUGUCUAUUGUUACCUCAAUAUUGAUCUUGGACAUGACAACACUGUUGUACCUACUGCUAUUUCGACGACGUUAACAUAUUUAUUCAUUUGGGGUAGAGAAUAUGGAGAAAAUGACAUACACUCUCUACUCCAACAAACACCUUAUCUGCAGCACUUUUCUGUUCUACUACGUGAGAGAUCGGAGCAACGUGCAAUCGUAGAACAUUCAUUCUCAACAAUGAGAAGAUUUCGACUCGAAGCAUCUCAAAUUGAUGAAAAUCGAUUGAGCCCAUUCUUUCGCUACAUGCCGAAUCUUUGCCAUUUAAUUAUUGAAGUUGGUUUAUCCCGACAACCGUUGGACGGUUAUCAAUGGGAGAAUCUUAUUCGACGUUAUUUGCCGAAUCUAACACGAUUUCAAUUAAAUGUAUCAUUCAAAUUCGAUAAUACCGAUAAGAGAAGAAAAGAGCAGAUUGAUUCUUUACUUGAUUCAUUUCGUUGUCCGUUUUGGUUAGAAGAACAUCAAUGGUUUGUUCGAUGUCAUUGGAAUCCACUGCAGAGAUCAAGUACAAUUCAUCUCUACACAUUACCUUACAAAGUCGCUGAGUUUCAGUUCAAUUUCCCCGUAGUCUACAAGUCUACGUGUCCAAACGAUGCUAUUUUUCUUGAUUAUCACCAUGUAACAGAAUUAAAAUAUGAAAGUAAUGGGAAAAGACGUUUUCUUUCGCCACAAAUUCGUUUUCCAAAUGUCGAGAAUCUUUCUAUACAAUUUCCUAUUCAUGAUCAGUUUUGGUCCAUGAUCCCCAAUCCACAAAAAUACAGAUCCAAAAUCUGA